GUCAUCUCAGAAAGUGCCGAGCAGUGCAGCCGAGCCGUGCUGGCCCUGCUGUCAUUGCUGCCCGGUGGCCUCUGGCUCGGGUUCAACUCGGAUGGCUUUGGAAGCCGGCACUUCCACUAUCGGAAGCAUGGUCUUCCCAUCCAAUGCUUUGGUCCCCGAUGUUGUGCCGGCCACAGCUGCCAGCACCGACUUCAGCGUCGAAUUCCUUUGUAAAGACGUGAAGGAGAUAACCAGGUGCACCGGUGCCGAGAAGGACAGCUCAUUCAUUAUGCAGGGGCAGCCGCCUGCCGCAAAGGUGGUGGAGGAGCCCCAGGACCACGUAGAGACAUCGGAGGAUGAUGAUGAUGAGCUCGUGGCAGACCAGCCGUCAGGCAGCUACUCCUCCACUGCAGAUGAGCUGGUUCAAGACGCAGAGGCCGAGCUGGUUGCAUGUGUAGACCAGUUCCAGCUGCCUGCUGAGCCCAUUUUGGAGAAUGGGGGUGGUGUCUUUGCUGCGAUUGUGGAUGCGGAUCGCAACGCGUUCACUGGCUAUUGGAUACGUUUGCUGGCGGCAACUGCGAAAAUCGCGGGCGCCGAGCGCGACCUGUCUGCUGGACUGGAGGCGGCUUCCAAGCAGCAGAAGUCCGAACUGAGUCGAUUCGGCUUACCUUUUUUACAUCGAUGGGUCGCGCGAACCCAUGGUGGACAGUCGUGGCUGCAGGCACACAAGCUGCCUGUAUUGGAGCGUCGGCCAAAGCCGCCACGCGAAGGCCACGGGAUGUACCGCUUUGCAAACGGGGAUGAAUACCACGGCGAAUUCCGCCGCGGGAUGCGCGAAGGCUCAGGUGUCUACACCAGCAAGAGGAACCACAUGCAGUACGAUGGGCAGUGGUUGCGGGAUCGUCGCAAUGGCAACGGGACCCUGACCAUCGAAAGUGCCGGAAAGGUCAUGUACACCUACGAUGGACAGUGGGUGGCAGACAAGCGACAUGGUUCGGGAAGCUGCGUGCGCAACCACAAGGAGAAGUAUUCCGGACAGUGGGCGCAAAAUCUCUACCAUGGAGCAGGAACCUUCGUCGACGAGAAGGGCACCCUGUACGAAGGCGAGUGGCGUGAUGGCAAGUUUCACGGCGUUGGAAAACACAUCUGCCGGGGAGAGACUUACACAGGCUCUUUUGAAGAUGGAGAGCGACACGGCAUGGGACAGCUUGUUCGCGGGGCUGACGCAGUUGCCCAGGACUUCCUUGGCGCAGAGAGUCUCUAUGCGGGACAAUGGCGUGCCGGACAGCGCCACGGGCAAGGCACAGCCAUUUACACAUGCGGCGAGUACGAAGGGGAUUGGGUCAACGGCAAGCGGCAUGGACAAGCUGUUCUGUCGUACCAGGGCUUCCAGCUGGAGGGCCCUUGGAUAGAUGACAUGCCGGAUGAGUCUGGGACUCAUAUGGUCUUCUACCCAGAUGGCGGCAAGUACACUGGCAAGGUCCACUUGUUUCCAGCGAAUGACAGCGCGUCCCGGGAAUCGGCAGAGUCCAGCGUGGCUGCUGCAGGAGGUCUCGGGCGGUUGUCUACGCCUUGGAACAUAGCGCCGGAAGGCCACGGCAUCAUGAAGGAACCGGAUGGGCGGCUCUACGAAGGCCACUUCCACUUUGGAGCUCCUCACGGCCGUGGAUAUGCUCUUAGCCUGGGAUCCAAAUACGAAGGUGAAUUUGCCUGCGGCGAGCGGCAUGGAUCUGGAUGGCUGCAAAGUGCUCCUGACCAGCGUGAGCCUACGCCAGUGCACUACGAACGCGGAGAGUUGACUCCCCAGCCAUCUGGGCAGGCUUUUCUGCCUGCAAAGAGUUCUUCCGGCCUCCCGGAAGAUGAAGGACCUGAUGCAAAUCCGGAAAUCCCUGCACAGACGCAGACGGCAGAGUCAGAGUCAGAAAUUGUGGAUCCAGGGAUACGCUGCAUGCGAACUACUAGCACGGGAGCCAUGGAUGCCAUGCCCAAGAUUGCACAUCCCGGUGGUUCCAUGUCCUCGACGCCAUGCGAGGAUCGCACCGCAUCCUGCGCUGGCGGCAAUGAGGUCUCGCAGGUGCAGGCAGCAAGCCUUCUACCAAAAGUAUGGCAGAUGUUCCAGAUUGGAUUGUUCAUCUGGAGCUGGCUGAAGUGCUGGUGGGAUCUCAUCUACAACCUGUUCAUGCUUUCCCGUGGGUAUGACAUCAUCUGCGCUGCAUCAGCACUCGUUCAGCUUGUUGGACUGGUUAUGACCAACGUCCUCGGAUGUGUCAGCCUACGGAAAGACAGCCUCCAAAUGGCACUAGUAGCUGCCAUGGACCUUGAUACACCGGUGCUUACCGCCAAGCAUGCACAACAAGUUGUGGAAGGCGAGCACGUGCAAGCAUAUGAAGACCUCCGGUUGCGAUCCUCAGUUUGGCGCAGCCUGCCCUUGGCAAUGCUCAUGGUGUUCGUGGCCUUCCGCACAUGGGUGGAAUUGCCCGCCUGCCAACUCAUGGCGAUCGUUCCGGUUUUCAUGACGACUCUCCGUCCAGAUUUGGCCAAGCACUCACUUUUCAUACGAGGUUGGGUCAAAUCCGACAUUGAGCCGUCUCGGCUGUAUAUGGCUAACACUAUUCGGAAUGGAUUUGGGGAUUUGUCCAUUCCUCCCCGAAUUGACGACACCACGGAGAGGUCGUUCUUGUAUGCGGACCAUUGGAUGUGGAACAGAGCCGCGCAUUGCGGCCAGUCUGAGUGGAAGCCUGUGUUGAAGGAACUGAACCAGGAAGAGUUUGGGACAUGGUUUCGGGGCGGUCCAAUCCUCUUGGAUGACCAGUACACUGGCGGAUUCGGCAAUGGCAACGUGUACAUGAUGCAGGUCGUCUUUUGGCGUCAUGUAGUCUCAAACCUGUAUGCUGCAGAGGAUCGGCUAGGAUCGCUGGCCCAAGGAGCCUUCAAUCACGAAGCUGAAGCUUACGCUGGCAGGUUGGCUGGCACUGCGGCCUCAGCGACAGGUGUCAUAUCUUGGAAGUCGCAGGUGGAUUUUCUGGGCAAGUUGAUCGGGAUGUCUGAGCCUCCAACUUCUGCACAGCACGUCCGAUCUAUUUCACAGACGAGACCCUGGAAGUUGGACUUGCUUGGAAUUAGUCUUCAAGACGGAGCAAUCAUGCAGUUGGCACAAGCUUUAGUUCUACUGCUGGUCGCAACGCUGCCCAUAGCAAAAGCGAUCCUGCGAAAAUGGCCUGUAUCCAACUGGCUUGACGCUGGACUGAUCCGGCUGCAUGUUGGACUCGACCUGACGCUGCUUGUGGGAGUGGCCAUUUUCUGUGCCAACGCUCGCUUCGCAUUUGAAAUCCAAAAGUUCUUUUCAACCUGUGCAGAUCAGUGGGUUCCAGUUUUGGAGCGGUUCCUACGUAAAAUGGACGACGACAAGGAUGGCAGUAGGGAGGCCGUCCGCAAUCAUCUUCUGGCAGCUGCUGUUCCGAUGUUCAGAACCUUCAGUGAGAAGUUCCCAGGGUUAGCUGACGAUCUCAGGAUCGCGCCUCGCAACCUGAUUGCCAUCGCCUUUGGGAUGACGGCCUUCUGUGUGAUCUCUGCUGCUUGCGCAUCACUAUGUGGCAACAUCAAGAGACGAUGGGUUCGCAACGUCGGAAUUUGUGGCCCUCUGUCUUUGCUGGCAGGGGUAGUGGACACGGACUGCUUGGAGGAAACCUCAUCGAAAAUUUGCCAGCAGAUUCCACUCCGCUUGGCCCUCCUAAGCCUCUGCAUCCUAGUCGAAUGGUAUCCAGCUGGCAGAUCAGGCGCGGAGCUUUGGUGUGCCAUGAUCUUCAACCGAGACAUACGCUUCUGGCAGCUGCUUUGCUUUUGGACCCUCUUGUGUGUUCUACACCUUGGUUCCGGGCUGGCAGCAGUGAGGGGCGUCACCAACCUUCAGUUAGACUCCCAAGAGCGACUUCUGAGGGAAUGGCUCAAUCAGCGUAGUCCGCAGUACGGCACCCUGGACCCAGAGUGCCCUCAGAGCGCAAGUGCACACCGUCUCCAGCCUGGCAGGUGA